AUGUAUCAAAUCUUAAAAGUGUUGACAGUGUGUUUAAUGUUUGUGGUCGAAUAUGCUUUAAGUCAGGCACCAUCGGCACAGCCCGCUCCGCAACAAGAACAUUAUAUUGGAACUGUGAGACAGAAACCGAAUUCGCCUGAUAUACCAUCAAAUAUCUCGGUCCCAAGUGGCAGCACGUUUUCAUUUUUACUUUAUGGUUCAGGAAAGAAUGAAUGGUUGUGUCAGUCCGGAUCUUGGGUUCUGAAUAACGUUACUAUUAAUCUCAUUAACAACGACAACGGGCAUUUUGACCCUUCCUGGGAAGUAGCUUCUCUUUUCUGGCAAUCUACACCGAUUAAUGGAGGACGAGCAACUUUCAAAUCUUUGUUAGACAAUGAUACUUCUUCCAUAAUCACAAAACCUGACUCCUCGGUAGCUUCACCCGAUGGCACCGACAAUAUCAAUUGGGAGAGACAAGUUGUGAAUUCGGUUCCGGGUGGCGCAUUUAGUAAUAUUAGUUAUGUACUUACCAUCAGCACAAAACGUGGAAUCUCACCGUCAGCGUCAACGUGCGGAGUUCAAUUUCAAAACAACGCAAAAACAUCUGUUGAUUUUACCGCAACCUACUAUUUCUACGCAGGUUCCCCGCCGAAUACUACCACGGCUGGGCCUAACUCUCCAACGGUGAAGUCAGACGCCGUUACUACUAGGCUAUCAAGAGUUGGUCAACUAGGAUGGGUUUCUAUUGUUGGAUUUAUUGCUGUUGGUGUCUUAUUUUUCUAG